AUGUUAACGGGCGGCGGCGGGUACUUCCCUUCCCUGCCGCCGUUCCCUUUCAACUUCCACCUCCUCGAAGUCACUCUCAUCUCCGCUCAAGACCUCUUCCCCUCGUCCCGUUCCAUGCGCACCUACGCCGUCGCUUGGCUCCGCUCCGACCAGCGCCUCCGCACGCGCCUCGACGCCGUUGGCCACACCGAGCCCACCUGGAACGACAAGUUCGUCUUCCGCGUCGACGACUCCACUCUCCGCUCUGACACCUCCGCCAUCCACGUUGACAUCUACGCCGCCCGCCCACGCUAUCGUCCCGGAUCCGACACUCUGCUCGGCACUUCUCGCGCUAUUCUCAGCACUCUCCGCCCCUCCUCUGCCACCAACUUCGUCGCCCUGCAAAUCCGCCGGCCCUCCUCUCUCCGCCCGCAAGGUAUUCUCAAUAUCGGCGUCGCUCUCAUUGACGCGUAUGUCCGAAGUCUCCCCAUUUACGCCGAUCUCGGCGCAUCUGCUUUCGCCUACCAUGAUCUUAUCGCGAGGCCUGCGAAAAAGGUCAAAGCUUUGAUCUUGCCACCGGAGCAGAGGGAGGCCGGGCUGGAUAAGAGCGGGUCGGGGGGCGGGGUGGGGGAAAAGGAGCGGGUGGCAUUGGAGAAGAAGUUGAAGAAGUGGAGGUCGGAAAUUCCGGCGAUGGAGGUUAAGGAGGCGGAGGUAAAGGAGGACGAAGGGAGUUCGAGGGGGAAGCCGAGGAGGCCACGGACAUUGUCGUGCUUCAGUAUUGCAAGGCAACUCGCAGAUGACAUCGCCGAGAACGACGCUAGCAGCCGGAGUAGCAGUAGCCGCCGCCGUUGA